AUGACACUUUCAGGAAAAAACAAUGAAAUAAUAACAGUAUCUUCAGCAUCAUCAGUAGAUCUUCUUGCAGAACUUUCACGAAUUCGUGAUAAAUUUGAACAAAAAAAAUCAAAUAAACUAAAUAAAACCGAAAGUUCUUAUGAAGACAAGAAAAAAAUACAAAUAAAAUCAAAUAUUGGCGUGGAAUUUCGUUCAGCAAAAGACGAACUCAAUCAACAGACAAAUGUCUUAGGACUAGAAAUUGAAGCCUCAAAAGCAGCAUUAAAACGAAAAGCUAUUCAAUAUGAAAUGAUGAGAAGAGGAGCUCAUGAUAUGAAUAUAAAAGGAGCAACAGUGGAGAAUCUACUAGUUGAUUUUGAUAGAAAAUGGGCAGAACAACAAGAAUUUGUAACAAAUUCGUCCUCAGAAAGUAGUGAAACAGAUGAAGAAAAUAAUCCAUGGGUAGAAUAUGUUGAUGAAUUUGGAAGAACAAGAACAAUACGUAAAAUAGAUUUACCUAGAGAUAUCACUCCUGAACAAGAAACAAUUCCAGAAAAUAUUAUUUAUGGAGAUUUUAUCCAAACAUUUAAUCCAGAUAAAGAACAAAUUCAAAAAAUUCUUGAAGAACCUGAAGAAUCACUAGAAACAUUCUAUGACUCAAAAAAAGAAAUUAGAACAAAAGGUGUUGGAUUUUAUCAAUUUUCGGAAGAUGUACAAAAAAGAAAAAAACAAAGAGAAGCUCUUGAAGCAGAACACAAACUUACUGAACUAAUGAAACAAAAUUUAGAACAAGCUUAUGAUAAAAGAAAAAGAAAACUAGAUGAAAGAAGGAAAAUAAUAGAAAAAAAAAGAUAUAAAAAUAUAGGUGAGCAAUGGUUAAACAACACAAUAAACAACAGUACAUAA